UGUUGCUUGCUUGAAUUCGACCGGUUCAUGAUUUUUUUUGGUGGGCUGUUUUAGAGAUUUAUCAGGUGUCUUUAAACAAUAGUGUGUGCUCUUUCUGUAUGAAUGAGGGGUUCCUUUUCAUGAUUCUAGAGAUGCAUAUAUAGAUGGGCAGUUCAUUGGAGAGCAAGAUUGUAUAGCAGUAUAUGAAAUGUCUAAGUUCCUUUGUUCCAGCAAUUUGUGAUUGUUUUGCCAAUACACAUAUUUUGAACGUUUGUUUGGGGUGUUUCUGUCAAGUUGUUGUGUUUGUAGCUUCUUUGAUUAGAUCUUGUGAAGAAGUCUUGAGCUUCCUUUGCUUAAAGUCUACACCAUUACUUCAGUCCAAUGUUGUGGUUCAGCUAUGUGGAAUCUGACGCUCAGUUGAUGCUUUAUGAACACAUCUCAUGCACGUUUCCUUUUUCUUUUAGGCAUAAUCCAGAAGUGGAGAAUUUAUUCUGGUGCUUAAAGAUCUAUCUAACGAGAUGGGAACUAGUGCGUGGGAGCUCUUUCCCCGUUCUCAUUCUUAUCGCAUGUCAAGUGAUGCCUCGCUUUUCUCAACUUCAUUGCCUGUUCUUGCCCACGCGGAGUUGAGUCACAAUGAAGUGAAGAAUGAUCUUCAGUCCAUGGAUGAUACCUCCAACAGCUUAAAUGAUAUUGAUCAGGAGCUAAAGGGUAAUUGUGCUGUUGGAAGCUUGCUACCCGAUGAUGAGGAUGAACUCCUAGCUGGGAUAAUGGAAAAUUUUGAGGCCAGUUGGUUGCCCAAUAUAGUAGAUGACUCGGAGGAAUACGAUCUUUUUGGUGGUGGAGGUUUAGAGUUGGAAUCUGAUCCCCAAGAAAACUCGAGAGUAGGUGUUUCUAGUCUUAGUUUAUCCGAUGAUGGCAUUGGCAACUCAGUGGCUCAUCUCAAUCAAACUAAUGGUGUGGGCACAGUUGCUGGGGAACACCCUCUUGGAGAGCAUCCUUCCAGAACAUUAUUCGUCCGCAAUAUCAAUAGUAAUGUUGAGGAUGCAGAACUUAGAACGCUCUUUGAGCUAUAUGGUGAUAUCAGAACAUUGUACACUGCAUGUAAACAUAGGGGCUUUGUGAUGGUCUCUUACUUUGAUAUUCGUGCUGCUCGAACUGCCAUGCGAGCGUUGCAAAACAAGCCACUCCGGAGGAGAAAGCUAGAUAUUCAUUUCUCAAUUCCUAAGGAGAACCCUUCUGACAAGGAAAUAAACCAAGGAACUCUGGUAGUAUUUAAUUUGGACCCAUCAGUCACUAACGACGACCUUCUACAAAUUUUUGGGGCUUAUGGCGAGGUCAAAGAGAUAAGGGAAACGCCACAUAAGAAACAUCAUAAAUUUAUUGAAUUUUAUGAUGUCAGAGCAGCGGAAGCUGCCCUUAAAUCCUUGAAUAGAAGCGAUAUAGCUGGGAAACGUAUAAAGGUGGAACAUAGUCGCCCUGGUGGGGCGCGUAGAAGUUUGCUGCUGAAUGUGAAUCACGAGCUUGAGAAAGACGAAAGGACCUUGCAAAAAAUAGGUUCGCCUCUUGGGAAUUCGCCCCCUGGUACAUGGCCUCACCUCAGCAGGUCUAAUGAUCAAAAUCCUCUGCUAAACUUCAGUAAAUAUCCUAAUUUUAGCACACAUAAUGGUUCAGCAGGUAGCAGUUGGGGCAGGCGAGAUACCUUUGAACUGUCUCAUUCACUUCCAGAGCGGAAGUUGAGCCAGUUUGUUGGGUCUGAUUCUUUCUUUGGUGCUUCAACUUUCAAUAUAUCCGCUGCCAUACCACUCUCUGGGCCAAAGAUUUAUUGGGGUAGUUCGUCCGAGCAGACCAAUUCUCCACCAAGAACUCAAGUUUUAAGGAAUCCUUUUGUAUCCGGUGGGAAUGAUGGGAAUCUUUACAACUGGUCUCAAAUCCAGCAGCAGCACCACCACCACUACCAUGCUGGAUCUGCUCCAUCUGCUGUUCCUAUCAAACAAAAAUUUGGCUCUCUUUAUGAGUUGCCUGGGUCAUCAUUCACAAGACCUGGUUGUGAACGUGUUGCUCGGAGUUACAUGGGUGAAUCGAGUGAUUUGAGCUAUUGUGAUCUUACCAAUGCCGCUGUUACUUUGAUGAGGCCAGUAUCGGUGGGAGACGCUUCUCCUUUUUCUAGCGCGAUAUCAUCUGCAAGAGCGAGUCAUGUGUUUCAGGGUAUUGCUCGCUUUCCAGAACCUGCUUUCGCUGAGCGUGGGAGGUCACGAUUCGUUGACACCAGUGGGAUCCAAAUAGAUCACAAGAAGAAAUUUCAACUUGAUCUUGACAAGAUUAGAACUGGUGAAGACAGUCGAACAACUCUGAUGAUAAAAAAUAUCCCCAACAAAUACACAUCCAAGAUGUUACUCGCUGCCAUUGAUGAACAUCAUAAAGGAACUUACGAUUUUCUCUAUUUGCCCAUUGAUUUCAAGAAUAAAUGCAACGUGGGUUACGCGUUUAUCAACCUGCUGUCUCCAUUAAACAUCAUCCCAUUUUAUGAGGCAUUCAAUGGGAAGAGGUGGGAGAAAUUCAACAGCGAGAAAGUCGCCUAUUUGGCAUAUGCUCGAAUUCAAGGGAGGGCUGCCCUCAUUGCCCAUUUCCAGCACACGACUUUGAUGAACGAAGAUAAGCGCUGCAGGCCGAUUCUCUUUGAUUCAGAAUUCCCUAACAAUGAGAUCCUCCAAGAAAAUGUUCCGACAAAUGAGUCGAGCACCAGAGUUCAUCAAUCGAAUGGAGGAAACGCAGGAAAUCCAGCCGGUAACGAUCAAGAUAAGAGAUAGCAGUAAUGGUGAAUGCAUAUGGGGAAAGGGAGACAGUUUUUCUCAUUAAUGGAAGAUUUUGGGGCAAGUAGUUCCAUUGAUGUCAAGUGUUUGUAUUAGAUUCUUUUUUAUGUAAGUAUUUGAAGUAAUCAAAUUAGGUUUAAUGUUUUUUGUUGGUCAAAAUCUGAUGACUAUCUUAGUCAGAUCGCCCAUACUUACUGAGAACCUUAUGUAUAUAAGGAAUUAUGUAAUUCUAAGUGUGGAGAAAUUUUGUUUUUUUGAUCAAAUUUGCUAGUACAAUUAUUCGUUAAUUA